GGCAUCCUCCCUGUUGAAUACAGUGGGCAGCCUGCAUUCCUGGCAGUAAGGGUGGAACAUAUACAGACCCACAAGUUCAGUAUUCAUAUGUGACCUUGUGCUUUCUCACUGGCCUGUGGGUAAGCAGACUGUAGGAAGUGGCAUGGAUACCCAUGUACCCUACACCUCCAGUAGGAAGCGCGUAAGAAUAGGGAAAUCACUGCUCUUAGAAAAGAGGAACAUGGGAAGUUGCACAAGUAAUCAUGAGAAUGUGUGUGUAUGUGGGGUUUAGAGCUUUUGGGGAUCAGUUACUUAAAGACGUUUACAAAUUUGUAUCUGUUUGUUGACAUUUUGUGUCUGGUAUUGUGCUUUAUCUCGGUUGCUGAUGCUGAUCCUGAAUAUACAGGUUAUGGUUUGCCGGUUAAUUACAUGUGAUGAAUUGAUUGGUAAACUGCUUAGAUCCAUCCUGACUAGAUUUAAACCACAUGAACUAAGCACAUUUUCCUUCUGACAGUUUUAUACCCUCUUCACUUGACAUACUGAUCAGCCAAAGUCAGCUCCCUGCCUGUAUGCACAAAAUCAAGUGUAUUUUAAAGCAAUGGCAAAUAAAAGGCAUUCUCAUUUUUUAACAUCUGUGGUGCAUUUCAGUGCUGUUCUCCAGCAUGAUGGCUGGGAACUUUUAAAUAUGUCAUGUGAGGAUCUCGCUGCGCUGUGAAUCCAGUAGCUUGUGCCUUCUAGUAGCUUAUAGUUUCUGUGACAGUACCAGCAAGCACAUGUAUGGGCCAUCUUUCCAAUGUAACAUAGCUGUUGGAUGGUUUGACCCUGCUUGCAGCCUGCUGUGCAUGAAAAAAACAUACUCAGAGAAUAUCUUCUACACACAAUUUAGAGUUGUUCUCAUUUGUAGCUGGUUUUGUGUCCUGCUCUUUUGAGACUUCAACUGAUACACUUGUGCUAUUGCAUCCAUUCCUUCCUCAGUACAUCCAUUCAUGCCUUUUCAUAGGGAGAAAGUGAUGAUGGAGCAUGGAAAAGCAAAGGCUGUCUACCUACCUGUGUCCAUUCAGAGUACGAGACCCAGUAGGGAUUCUUUAUCCUUACAGGUAUUUAUUUCUUAGGGACAAAACCUGCAAGGUUUUGAAUCAAGUUGCCUUGAGCCGUGCUAGAACCGCUAGCUAUGGCUAUGCCUUUUGUUAUUGUGACCAUGUAAAACUUUGAGCUCUGUAAUGCACAGGGAUUCUGACACCACCUGCUGAUCCUUUCUGACCUCCAGCUCCUUGGUGACAGGUCAUAUGCAAUGCCUCCACUCAAAGCCCCAUCCUCUUUUCCUGAGCAAUUAGUUAACAACAGUGUUGUCAAGUUCUUCGUUGUGCUCUGGGUUACUGGGCUCAGACUUCACAUAGGGACUUGCCCAGACUGAGUCACAGAUAUGUUUUCUUACCAUGUUUUGACUCCCUUUUGCAGGACAUUGUGAGUUGGUUUAGCCCCUUGCUACUGAAUGCCAACAGCAUAGGCCUUUUCGCACACAUAUUCACUUGCCAGGAAAGAACAAAUAACAAAGGUGUAAGGCCAGUAGCAUGUCCUGUGAAAUGGCUUCAAUAUGUGCAAAAGACGGUCGUUUGAGCUGGGUUGGUACUACCCUUCAUCUGUUUUCAUUUCCCUCUGUAAGCUUCUGUGUUGCAAGGAACAUCUUGUGAAACAUCCUGGCAGAGAAACUACGACAAUUCCCCCAUCUCCAUGUGCUGUGGGGAACACCCAGGCUACAGCUUUUUAUGCGUACCGGAUUAGAGGCUGUGAAGGCUCUUCACCAGUGUGUGGACUACCCUAAUGCAGUCUUCUGUGCAGGAGGAAGGCCGUACUUGUGGCCACAUGUAGACUCAUGUAGACUCUUGAGGAAGAGUGAUACCAUGGUAGAGAUAAUGAAUCACGACGGAAGAGUCAGUCCUGGAACUGCAGCCUCAGCAGAAGAGAGACGCUGCUCCCUGCUGAACCCCUGGGUCUUCAUUGCUUCUGGCCUUGCCAUCAAAACCGCCAUUGUAACCAUCUGCCUUGUUGUUUUCCUUCAUGGAGACUAUGGCCAGUACAUGACUCUGGUCCAGAACGCUACAGAGUGGCGCUGCAUCCCCAGCGUAUCUGGAGGCAUAGAGGAGAGCUGGGCAUGCUGCCCGAAGGGCUGGAAACACUUCGAAGGAAGCUGCUACUACCUCUCAGGUGAUAUGAUGUCCUGGGCUGAUAGCCAGCAGAACUGCACUGGGAUGGGCUCUCACCUGGUGGUGAUCAACAGCGAAGCAGAGCAGGAUUUCCUCUUCAACUUGGUGAAAGGAGUAUUUUCUAACACCUAUGAAACAAAAUACUACAUAGGCUUAACUGCUUACAAACCCGGGCAAUGGCAGUGGGUGGAUCAGACUCCAUACGAUAUGACAACCACGUUCUGGAAACCCGGGGAACCCAAUUUACUCUUUGCAGAAAAAUGUGCUGCAAUUCACGUCAAGGGAAACAGAGACCCCAACACUUACAGUAACUGGAAUAACGUCCUGUGCUUCACAAGUUGCUAUCGAAUUUGUGAACUGCCAGUCAAAUCUGUCUGAGGAAGGAAACUCCACUUUGGUUGAAGGAGCUGAAGGAGCACCUUUGAGAAAGGGCAGCUCCAGCAAUACCUGAUGAAAAGCUGGCCUGAGCUCACACAAAUGCUUCAUCUUGCCAUGCAGGGUGAACAAGCCUGCUACAGAAUCUCAGAUCUGAUGGACAUCAGUUCCCCUCCUGUGCCCCUGUGUCUCUUUCCAAGAUGGAGAUCAGUCCUGGAUGAAAAUGCUCAGGCUGAUGUCAAGGACCUACUGUGACCCUUUUCGCGGUCCUCCUUCACAGAUGAGUGCCCUGAUCCUCCAGCACUUUCCUUG